AUGUUUCAGUAUGAUGGUCGUCUUGGUACUCAGUCUGUGCUCUAUGUGGUUGCUGUCAACAUGAGAAAAAAGGUGGCUGCUGAAUUUGAGAACAGCACGACUGGGCUCUUGUGGCUCAUCUUCCUGGCAAGAGAAGGUGCCUGUGUCUACCAAGGCUCGUUGUUUGAGAAUAACACCAUUUGGAAGCCAGAUUCCUGCCAAGAGUGCCGUUGCCACAGCAAUAUUGUCACCUGUGAACCUAUCCUCUGCAAACAUCCCCAGUGUGACUUUCAGAAGGGAGAAGUGCUCCAAAUAGCCUCCAAAAAAUGCUGCCCUGAGUGUGUUUCCAGAGCUGAAGGCUUCUGCCAGCAUGAAGGACAGAUCCAUAGCCAUGGCACGGAGUGGGCCAGCUCUGGAUGUGUCCGGUGCUCCUGUGCCCAUGGGAAGGUGAACUGUACUCCCCCAGCCUGCCCAGCCCUCAUGUGUGGACGAGGGGAACUGCAAUACACUCCUCAGGGAUCCUGCUGCCCUAGAUGUGUGGGACGUGGAGAGCCUUGCUCCUUUGAUGGACACUUGUUCCAGGACGGGGAAGACUGGCACCUCGGUUGGUGCUCCAAAUGUGUCUGCAGGGAUGGUGUGACUCGGUGCUUUACAGCUUCCUGCCAGGCUCUACUGUGCAGUAAGGAUGAAGUUAUGGUUACACCUCCUGGAAAAUGCUGCCCAGAAUGUCUUCCAAAGCCCUGCUCGGUGUCAGGAAGAGUGUACCAGCAUGGUGAACAGUGGAAAAAAAAUGCCUGCACUGCAUGUAUUUGUCACAGGGGGGAAGUCAGAUGUCUGAGCAAGACCUGUGACUCCGUUACCUGUGAGAAGGGGGAAGACAAGGUGCAGCAUCCUGAGAAGUGCUGUGAAGAGUGUGUGCUUUCCAGGGGUAGCUGUUUGUAUGAGGACACUCCCAGAUACCAUGGUGAGAUGUGGAACAGUACUCACUGUGACUUCUGCAUGUGUGAUGAAGGACAAGUCACUUGCCAAGUAGCAGAGUGUGCCAAAGUGGAGUGUGCUAAGGGUGAAGAAUUAAUUCACUUAGAUGGGAAGUGCUGUCCUGAAUGUAUUUCAAGUAAUAGUUACUGUGUUUACAAAGAACAUACCAAAGCUAUCUCUUUCUCUGACCCAAGUGAGGCAAAACAUAUUAAGAAUGGAGAGAAAUGGGCAGAAGGGCCGUGCAGAGAAUGUGAAUGCCGGGAUGCAGAGGUGACCUGCUUCCAGCACUCCUGUACACCCUGCCCGCCUGGCAGCCUAGCUGUUGAGGUGAAGGAUGACUGCUGCCUGCACUGCAAGUCAGUUGAGUGCCAUCCAGACUGCUUGACCUGCUCUCAGUCCUUUGAUCACUGUAAUGCCUGUCGUGACCCAAGGAAGCAGCUGCAGAAUGGACGCUGUGUGGAGAUGUGUGAAUUGGGCUUCUACCAGGAUGGGGGUGCUUGCUUAGCCUGCAAUGAAACAUGCUCAGCCUGUACCAAUGGAUUUGAGUGCUCCUCGUGCCAGGCAUCCCUGCUCAUGAAGAACAGGCAGUGUGUGACUUCAUGUGGAAAGGGAUACUAUCAGGAUCAGCUCCUUUGCACAGCUUGUCACGAGUCCUGUUCCUCAUGUUGGGGUGCUGCUGAGAACAAUUGUUUGGCCUGCAAAGACCCAUCGCACAUGCUAAAAGCGGGGCUCUGCGUGGCAAGCUGUGGACAGGGAUUUUAUACCAAGGGUGGAAUCUGCAGUGCUUGUGACCAGUCCUGUGACACCUGCUACUCAGACCAACCCAGAUGUCUGACCUGUGCUUCAGAUAAGUUCUUAUAUGAUGGGAAGUGCAUUUCGGAGUGCCCAGCAGGGUAUUUCCUGAGUAGCAAUGGAAGAUGCAGAGCUUGUCAUGAUUCAUGCUCCACAUGUGAGGGACCUCUGGCCACUCAGUGCACCUCCUGUUCCUUUCCUCUGGUGUUGCAGUGGGGUCAGUGCCUGCAGGGCUGUGGAGAGGGUUUUUACCAGGAUCAUAACGUCUGCAAGGGCUGCCACCCAUCGUGCCGCACCUGCAUUGGCCCAGGAGGCUCUCAUUGCCAGCAAUGCAGGGCACCAGACAACGUGCUGCAGCCUCACCAGCCUAUUGAAGGAGCACUACAUGGCUUUUGCCUCUCUCACUGCCAAGCCCAGUUCUACAUGGACAGCACAGGAGUCUGCAAAGAGUGCCACCCCUCCUGUGCAGCCUGCGUGGGGAACACUUCCCAGGACUGCACGGCUUGUCUGUCUUCCCACGUCCUGCUUGAAGGCAGAUGCCUCUCUGAGUGUCCAGAGGGGCUGUUCAGCCACAAAGAUCACUGCUACUCCUGUCAUCCAUCCUGCAAGACAUGCCAUGGCCCUUCUGAUCUGGCGUGCUUAACCUGCCAUCCCCACGCGACUUUAGUCAGUGGAAAGUGCUGGACUAGCUGCAAAGAAGAGCAAUAUCUCAACCUGGUGGGAUAUUGUGUGGACUGCCACCCUUUGUGCCGCCAGUGUGUGGCCAACCUGCGAGACACCGGCAGCAUCUGUCUGAAGUGCCAGAAUGCCCGUCUCUGGCUCCUGGGGGAUCACUGCAUUCCUGACUGUCCGAUGGGGUACUAUGCGGAGAAUGGUGCCUGCAAAAGGUGUCACCCUUCCUGUAAAACCUGCACCAGUGGGGGUCCAUUUGCCUGCUCUUCCUGCAGCACCAGCCUAGUUCUCUCCCACACCGGCAUGUGUGUGCUAGUCUGCUCCCAGGGAUACUACAGGGAUGCCAAGCAGACCUGCAGACCUUGCAACAGCCAGUGUCUGAGCUGUGAAUCAGCCACCAGCUGUACAUCUUGCAGAGAUCCAACCAAGGUCCUAUUGUUUGGAGAAUGCCAGUACGAGAGCUGUGCUCAGCAGUAUUACCUGGAUUUUUCCAGCAAGACUUGCAGAGAGUGUGACUGGAGCUGUAAUGCCUGUAAAGGUCCCCAGAGGACUGACUGCCUGCAGUGUAUGGAGGGGUACAUUCUCCAUGAAGGAGCUUGUGUGGAACAGUGUCCAGCAGCUUUCUACAAGGAAUCAGAGACGUGCCAGAGGUGUGAUCAACACUGUCUCCAGUGUCACCAAGCAGAUGAGUGCAGCCUUUGUGAAGCCCCAUUCUUCCUCUUGGACACUCACUGUGUUCCCAAAUGUGGAAAGCGAUAUUAUCCAGACCCUGCAGAGCACAAGUGCACAGCUUGUCCUCAGGGAUGCUUGGAGUGUGAGAGUGACAGCCUGUGCCACCUCUGUGACAGCACUACAUUUCUGAAGAAUAAGAUAUGUGUUUCUGCCUGUGGCCAGGGUUUCUAUGGCAAUACGUGGACAAGAGAGUGUGAAGAAGUAAUGCUUUUCCCUUCUUUAUUUUUAGCCAGCAAGGAUCCCUUGAGCUUCCAUGUGAACAGUACCCUCACAGUAGGAAUUGGUGGGGUAAAGCCCCUCGACCUGUCCUUGCUGGGUGUGUGUGAUCUGGAUGGUGACACAGGACAGCUCUUGUUCCAUAUCAACAGCAGCCCCUCCAAUGGCAGGCUGGUGAUCAUGGUGAGGGGGGCAGCAGUGCAGCUGAGCAAAGGUGACCAUUUCAGCUGCAAGGAUGUGAAGGAGAAGAGAGUUCGCUUUGUGCACAGCAAAGAGAAAUCCAGGAAAGGACAGUUUUCCUUGAAAAUCAGUGAUCAACAACUCCUCUCCCAUCCUGAAGUGAUCAAUGUUCAAGCAUUUUCAACACAGGCCCCAUAUGUGUUCAGGAAUGAGGCUCUCCUUGUCCACAGAGGGGAAACUGAAACUGUAACAGAGCAGUUGCUUUCUGUGAGAGACAGUGACAAUCCUCAGGACGUUGUGCUGAUGGUUCUAGAGCCUCCACGUCACGGGCAGCUGAUCGGACCUCCUGGGAACUCAGCUUCUGCAGUCCACAUGUUCCACCUGGAUGACCUUACCAGUGGACUGCUGAGUUAUGCUCAUGAUGGUUCUGACACCCAGGAUGAUGCAGUUAUUUUGCAAGUCAGUGAUGGGUACCACUUCCAGAACAUCCUGUUCCACAUUAAGAUUGUUCCCAAGAGUACCAGAAGUCCUAGGCUGGUGACAAAUUCCCUGGUGUGGGUUCCCCAGGGAGGCAUGCUACAGAUCUCCAAGACCAUUCUGCAUGCUGAGCUGCCUGGUGUCCGUGACUCCGAGAUAACCUACACUAUCAUCAAGGACCAGCCAAGACAUGGUGAAGUGGUGCUUCUGGUUCCAAUGCCAGCAGAUGGUCCAGCAAACACAUGGCAGCUUUUGCCUGAUGGAAGAGCAGCCUCCCCUACAACUACUUUUACCCAGGAGGACAUCAACGAAGGCAUUGUGUGGUACAGGCACUCUGGAUCUGAAAUAGAAAGUGACUCCUUUCAAUUCCAGGUAUCUAGCUCUGCCAGUCCACAGUCCAGCUUGCAAAGCCAUGUCUUCAAUGUUGCUGUUCUCCCACAGACACCCAGAGCUCCUCAGCUUUCCCUUGGCUCCUCUUUGCACAUGGCUGUGCUGGAGGACCGUGUGACAGUGAUUGAGCCCCAUCACCUCUCCUUUGUAGACCCGGAGAUACCCAGUGAGAAAAUCCUGUUCAACGUGACCGUCCCUCUCCUUCCUGGCCAAGGUAUUGUGGAGCACAGAGACAGGCCUCUCUCUCCAGUCAGGUAUUUCACCCAAGCAGAUAUAAACCAUGGCAAGAUUGCUUACCGUCCACCAACUGCAGCUCCACACUUGAGAGAGAUCAUUGCAUUCUCCUUUGCAGGUCUCCCAGAGUCAGUGAACUUCCGAUUCACAGUGUCCGAUGGAGAGCACACAACCCCGGAGAUGGUGUUUGUCAUUCAUUUGCUCUCUACGGAACAGCAGCCUCCAGUGUUCCAGAUCACAGCUCCAUUCCUGGAGGUCAGCCAGGGAGGCAGAGCCACCAUUGGGAUACAGCUAGCUGUGAGUGACACAGAUACAGCUCCCGAGGGUCUUUUCUUUGAGCUGGUGAAACCUCCCCAUCAUGGCACGGUGCUAAAGUACAGUGCAGGCAUACAGGAGCACAUGGGAGCAGGUGACACCUUCACCUAUGAGGAUGUCACUCGAAAUGCUCUGCAGUACGUGCAUGAUGGUUCAUCAGCAACAGAGGACAGCAUGGAGAUCUCUGUCACGGACGGUGUCGCCACAGUGACCACAGUGCUGAGGGUGGAAGUGUCCCUGCUGGAUACCAGUGGUCCACAGCUGGCUCCAGGCUGCUUGUUGGCAGUCACCGUGGCUAGUAAAAGCUCCGUGACUCUCUCUCGAUUGCACCUUGCUUAUAUUGACAAUUCUCCUGACUCAGAGAUCAGAAUCCAGUUAAUAUCUCUGCCAGCAUAUGGUACUCUCUUACGGAUGUCGGGCUCUCAUGAUAAGGAGCUUUCCAAGGUUUAUAAUUUCACCAUGGAAGACAUCAACAACCAUAGGAUCAGCUACUCCACUAUGUUUGAGACCAGCAACCAGCCAGUUACAGACAUCUUCCACUUUGUUGUUUUUGAUGCUGAUAACAACCGGCUUGAUAGACAGAUGUUCACCAUCACGAUCACAUCUGCCCCGACGAUGCCCUCACUCAUUGCUUUUGCUGACCAUAUCACAGUGGAUGAGGGGGGCAGAGUCCCACUGCUGGCUCAUCAACACUUAGCUGCUGAUUAUGGUACUGCUGCCAAGGAAGACCUGAGGGUCAAAGUUACCACUCUGCCUAUGUAUGGCUACAUUGAAAACACUAAGACAGGUGAGAAUUUUGGCCCACAGAGUGAGUUUGCUGUGACUACAGACGCAUCCUUUUCCCUUCAAGAUGUUCUGGAGAACAGCAUUUACUACUUCCAGAGUGUCCAUGAAAGCAUUGAGCCAACAAGUGAUGUUUUCAGCUUUUAUGUGAGUGAUGGCUUCAGCCAGUCUGAGGUGCAGAGUGUGAACAUCACAAUUCAGAGGCAGAAUGAUGAACCCCCAAAGAUGGUCCUGGAGCCUGUCAGAGUGCACAAGGGCUCAGCUGUGGUGAUUACCAACACCUCCCUCAACCUGCAGGACUUGGACACCCAGAACAGUGAGCUUGUCAUCAUGGUUAGCAGAAGUCCUGAACAUGGUAACCUUCGCAGGAGGCAGACUGCUGCAGAGCCGCCGGAGCAUGGACACGUGCUGUCCAUGGGCUCGUCCUUCACCUACCAGGACAUUUUGGAUGAGCUGAUUGUUUAUACUGAGAGUGGGGCAGCUGCACAAACAGAUGAGUUUGGCUUCUCCAUCACGGAUGGGCUCUACACACAGAUGGGGAGGCUGGAGUUCUCCAUGGAGCUGCCGAAGAAGCAGCCACUCACGUUAGCUGUGAACAGGAACCUUCAGCUCCCAGCUGGCUCUGCAGCACGACUCACAGAUCAGCACUUGAAAGCAGCAGCUAUUUAUUUAGAUGACACUAUGAUUAGAUUUGUCAUGAAGCGGGAUCCCAGCAUGGGCCAUCUGCAGCUGACCAAAAAUGAUAAUCCAGCCCAGAUCUCUGUGAAAGGACCUGUCAAAAGUUUCACCCAAGCUGAUAUAAAUAAAGGGCAAGUGGUGUACAGUCACAAGAAAGGGGAUCCUGGUGGAAAUUUUGCCUUCACCUUUGAUGUAAUUGAUGCAGACGGCAACAAUCUGACAGACCAGGUCUUUUAUAUUAAUGUAUUAGAGGACAGAUUUCCUCCCUCUAUCAUCGCUAACAAGGGGCUGGUCUUGGAUGAGAACUCGGCUAAGAUGAUCACCACCCUCCAGCUCUCUGCCACUGACCAGGACAGUGAGCCAAGACAGCUCCAGUACAAGCUCACCAAGCAGCCUCAGCUGGGGCACCUGGAGCACGUGGCCUCCCCAGGGACAAGGAUUAUUUCCUUCAGCCAGGCAGACUUGGCCUCUCGCAGCAUCCGGUAUGUCCACACCAGUGACAUUGAAAAGCAUACAGAUGCAUUCACCUUUUCUGUGUCUGAUGGAACAAAUGAGGUAAGCCAGACAUUUGACAUCACCAUAAACCCUGUGGAUGACUCCUUACCCAUAGUGCAAAGCCUUGGGAUGACAGUUCAGGAAGGACUGAGAAAAACCAUCACGGAGUUUGAGCUUAAAGCAGCAGAUGCUGACACAGAGGCUGAGUCAAUUACGUUCACAGUCGUGCAGUCUCCCCGACAUGGCCUGAUUGAACGCACUAGCAAUGGGCAGCAUUAUCACCAAGCCACCACCUUCACGAUGGAUGACAUCUAUCAGAAUCGCAUCAGCUACAGUCAUGAUGGUAGCAACUCGCUGAAGGAUCACUUCACUUUCACUGUGUCCGAUGGGUCCAAUCCCUUUUUCAUUAUGGAGGAUGGAGGGAGGCAGGUUGUGACAGCAGCACCACAGCGCUUCAAAGUGGAUGUUCUGUCUGUGGAUGAUGGGACACCCAGGGUCAUCACCAACCUGGGUUUGCAGUGGCUGGAGUACGUGGAUGGCAAGGCAACCAAUCUAAUCACUAAGAAGGAAUUACUGACAACAGAUCCUGACACAGAUGACAAACAGCUGAUCUAUGAGAUAACAGCUGGCCCCAGAAGUGGUCAUGUGGAGAACAAGCUGAAGCCAGGGACAACUGUGACCACCUUUACGCAGGAGGAGGUGAACCAGGGCCUCAUUCGGUAUGUGAUGCAUGAGGAGAAGGUUCAGGAGACCAUGGACAGCUUUCAGUUUCUUGUGAAGGACAGCAAACCCAAUGUGGUCAGUGGCAACAUUUUCCAUGUCCAGUGGUCUCUCCUCAGCUUUACAGACACCAGUUACAGUGUCAGAGAGAAUGCAGGCUCUGUCAGCGUCACUGUGAGGCGGGUUGGUAACCUCAACCAGUAUGCGAUUGUCUUGUGCCGCACGGAGCAAGGAACAGCCACAUCCAGCUCCGGUUCACAGCGGGGAGAGCAUGACUAUGUGGAGUACGUGGGGCAGGUGCAGUUUGAGGAGCGGGAGGACACCAAGGCCUGCACCAUCAUCAUUAAUGAUGACAACAUCUUUGAGAACAUGGAGAGCUUUGCUGUGGAGCUCAGCCUGCCAGCAUAUGCUCUGCUGGGGAACAUCACCCGGGCCACGGUCACCAUCACGGAUGCAGAGGAUGAGCCCACCCUGCAGUUUGACAGGAAAACGUACCAUGUCAGUGAGACUGAUGGGUUUCUCUCUGCUCCUGUGGAAAGGAAAGGGGACACCAGCAGCACAGUGUCUGCUCUGUGCUACACCGUCCCCAGAUCAGCCAAGGGAAGCAGCCUUCAUAUGCUGGAAUCUGGCUCCGACUUCAAGUCCCGAGGGAUGGCAGAUGACAGCCGCAUUGUUUUCAGUCCAGGUGUCACUGUCACAACAUGUGACAUCACACUGAUUGACGACAGUGAAUAUGAGGAAGAAGAGGAGUUUGAGAUUGUGUUGGCUGAGCCCUCAGAUAAUGCACGUGUUGGCAGCCAGGCUUCAGCCACUGUCUUCAUCAGUGGUCCCAAUGAUGCCUCCACAGUGUCCCUGGGGAAUGCUACUUUCACCGUCAGCGAGGCUGCAGGAAACAUUGAGAUUCCAGUACUCCGACAGGGACCUGAUCUCUCAAACCCCAUCUCGGUGUGGUGUGCCACUCGGGCAUCAGACCCUCCAUCUGCCAGCCCAGGAAUCGAUUAUGUCCCCAGCUCCAGGAAAAUAGAGUUCAGGCCUGGCGAGACAAAAGAGUUCUGCACUCUGACAAUCCUGGAUGAUGCACAGUACCCGGUGAUAGAAGGGCUGGAGACAUUUGUGGUUUAUCUCAGCUCACCCCAUGGAGCUGAGCUGACAAAGCCAUUCCAAGCCAUCGUGGCCAUUAAUGAUGUCUUCCAGGAUGUACCAAGCAUGCAGUUCACCAAGGAUAUAUACACAGUGAAGGAAAAGGAGGGUACUCUGCACAUCCCCAUCUUCCGCACUGGGGAUCUGAGCUAUGAGUCCUCUGUCAGGUGCUACACCCAGAGCCAGACAGCAGAGGUCAUGGAGGACUUUGCAGAGAGGAGAAAUGCAGAGGAGUCUCGCAUCACUUUCUUGAAAGGGGAGAAGGUGAAGAACUGCAGCGUUUAUGUCAGUGAUGACUCUGCCUUUGAGCCAGAAGAGCAGUUCCAUGUCUAUCUUGGUAGCCCACUUGGAAACCAUUGGAGUGGAGCUAGGGUUGGGAAGAUAGACAUGGCAACUGUAACUGUCACCAACGAUGAAGAUGCACCCACCAUUGAGUUUGAAGAAGCUUCGUACCAAGUACGGGAGCCGCCUGGCCCGGAGGGUGUUGCUGUUUUAAAUAUCAAAGUGGUCCGGAGAGGGGAUCAAAACAGGACCUCCAAAGUCCGUUGCAGCACCCGCGAUGGCUCAGCUCAGGCCGGAGUGGAUUACUAUCCCAAGAGUCGAAUGCUCAAAUUCAGCCCAGGUGUGAACCACAUCAUGUUUAAGGUGGAGAUCAUGUCCAAUGAAGACCGGGAGUGGCAUGAGUCCUUUUCUCUGGUGCUGGGCCCAGAUGAUCCAGUGGAAGCUGUUCUUGGAGAUACCAGCACUGCAAUAGUGACUAUUUUGGACCAGGAGGCAGCAGGAAGUCUGAUUCUACCAGCAUCUCCUGUUGUCGUCACCCUGGCUGAUUAUGAUCGGGUGGAAGAAGUGACCAAGGAUGGUGCUAAGAAAUCUCCUUCCCCUGGCUACCCGCUCAUCUGUGUCACUCCUUGUGACCCUCGCUUCCCAAAGUAUGCCAUCAUGAGGGAACGCUGCAGUGAGGCUGGGAUCAAUCAGUCCUCAAUACAGUUCAGCUGGGAAGUAGCAACCCCCACAGAUGGCAACGGAGCCAGGUCACCUUUUGAAACCAUCACUGACAACACACCAUUCACUAGCGUCAACCAUAAGGUGCUGGACAGUAUUUACUUCAGCCGCCGAUUCCAUGUGCGCUGUGUGGCAAAGGCUGUGGACAAGGCUGGCCAUGUGGGGACCCCCCUGAGAAGCAAUGUGGUGACCAUAGGCACAGACAGUGCCAUUUGUCACACUCCUGUGGUUGCAGGGACAGCCCGUGGUUUCCAGGCACAGUCAUUCAUUGCCACGCUGAAGUACUUGGAUGUCAAGCACAAGGAGCAUCCCAACAGAAUCCACAUCUCGGUGCAGAUCCCCCAUCAGGAUGGUAUGCUGCCCCUCAUCUCCACUCUGCCACUCCACAAUCUGCAUUUCCUUCUCUCCGAGUCUAUCUACAGGCACCAGCAUGUCUGCUCAAACCUGGUCGCCGUCAGAGACCUCAGAGGCAUCUCAGAGGCAGGGUUUCUGGAUGAAGUGACCUAUGACAGCAUUGUUCUUGGGCCUGGAUAUGACCGUCCUUACCAGUUUGACCCCACGGUGAGAGAGCCAAAGACCAUCCAGCUCUAUAAGCACCUCAAUCUCAAGAGCUGCAUCUGGACUUUUGAUGCUUAUUAUGACAUGACUGAAUUAAUUGAUGUCUGUGGAGGCUCUGUCACUGCUGACUUCCAGGUACGAGACUCUGCUCAGUCCUUUUUAACAGUCCAUGUGCCACUCUAUGUGUCCUAUAUUUACGUGACAGCGCCGAGAGGUUGGGCUUCUCUCGAGCAUCACACAGAGAUGGAGUUCUCCUUUUUCUAUGAUACUGUUCUUUGGAGGACAGGCAUUCAGACGGACAGCGUACUCUCAGCCCGGCUGCAGAUAAUCAGGAUCUACAUCCGGGAGGAUGGCCGGCUGGUUAUUGAGUUCAAAACACAGGCCAAGUUCAGAGGGCUCUUUGUCAUGGAGCACCACAGCCUGCCAGAUGUCAAAUCUUCCUUAAUGACUCCAGACCACCUGGGAGGGAUCGAGUUUGACCUGCAGCUGCUGUGGAGUGCUCAGACUUUUGACUCUCCCUACCAGCUCUGGAGAGCAACCAGCUCCUAUAACAGGAAGGACUACUCUGGAGAGUACACAAUCUUCUUAAUACCCUGCACUGUGCAGCCCACACAACCAUGGAUAGAGCCUGGAGACAAGCCCCUUCCCUGUACAGCUCAUGCUCCUGAGCGAUUUUUGAUCCCGAUUGCCUUUCAGCAGACAAACCGCCCAGUCCCCGUUGUCUACUCCCUAAACACGGAAUUCCAACUUUGUAACAAUGAGAAGGUGUUUCUGAUGGACCCCACCAAAUCUGAAAUGUCUCUUGCAGAAAUGGAUUACAAAGGAGCUUUUUCAAAAGGGCAAAUCCUGUAUGGCCGCGUACUCUGGCACCCUGAGCAAAACCUGAAUGCUGCUUACAAGCUGCAAUUGGAAAAGGUCUAUCUGUGUACAGGCAAGGAUGGCUAUGUGCCUUUCUUCGACCCAACGGGCACCGUCUACAAUGAGGGGCCCCAGUACGGCUGUAUUCAACCCAACAAGCACCUCAAACACCGAUUUCUCCUCCUAGACCGAAACCAACCAGAAGUGACGGACAAGUAUUUCCACGAUGUGCCUUUUGAUGCCCACUUUGUUUCGGAACUGUCCGAGUUUCACUCAGUAAGCAGCAUGCCUGGAGUUGAUGGAUUUACUCUCAAGGUGGAUGCUCUGUACAAGGUGGAAGCUGGACACCAGUGGUACCUUCAGGUCAUCUACGUGAUUGGCCCGGAGAGCAUGGCAGGGCCUCGUGUCCAGCGCUCCCUCGCUCACCACUGGAGACCACGUGGCCGCAGGGACCUGGUUGGUGCCGAUGGGAGGCCAAUGCUGGAUGACUCCUUGAUCUACGACAAUGAAGGUGACCAGAUCAAGAACGGCACCAACAUGAAGUCACUGAUCUUGGAGAGGGAGGAAGCUGCCGUCGCAGCCUCCUUCUCCCAGACAGGUGCUUCCCUGGGGAGUGCAUUUGCCACUGUUGCCCUGCUGCUGCUGCUUCUGCUGGCUGGGCUUUGCAUUCUCACUGGGAAACGGCGGAAGCUACAACAGAAGCAGGAAGCAGCCCCAGAGGAGCAUCCACUGAACACCAAGGUGGAGCUGCCCCGGAGAGCCGAGAGGUCUGUGGACAACCGGUACUGCACCGUGCGGAAUGUUAAUGUGUGGAGGGAGAGCUGCAGGAAGGUGAAGCAGGUGAACUUGGAAGUCAAAGUCCACAGCAAUUUGCAUGACGGAACGGAGGUUUAGUGGAGCACAUGCUUUGGUUUGGUGAAGGUUUUUUAUAAAUAUUAAAAAAAAAACCCACAAAAAUAAUCCAAAAAGGAAAAACUAAGAGAAGUUCUGCUGGGUUUGUGUACUCUGGUGAGGAGGAGGAGCAGCUCCGGCUCAUCUCUCCUCCCCACCCCCCCCGCGUCCCUAUCACCGGGACUAAAGGCUAUACGUGGAUCUGAUAUGGAGGAUGACCGGGAUGUCACUUCCCUAUGCUUCCCCCACUUCAUCUCCACUGUUCGGUGGAGAGGCGUCAGAUGCACGCACCGGGGGGAUGUAGUGCCACCUCUCAGCCAUCGGGUGGCGCUGCGCUUAGCAGUGGCGCUCCGCGUCCGCCAGCGGGCGCCAGGCAGGGGUUCAUCAUUAAGUCAUCACCUAAAGAGUGACGUCAUAUCUUAACCUCGUGUGAAACGUAAAUAAUACUAUUUCCAAGAAUCGACUAAGGAGUUAAAUAUUCAACUUAGCCACCAGGCGGACAGAAGAACUCAAAGGCAGGGGAAGAAGCCUGUCCCCGAGAUCACAUAUAACUCCCACACUUUGAAUUCUAAAAUCAAAAUUUGAUGCUGGAAUAAACUGAGAAUGUUUAUCUGA